AUAUAUAUAUAUACAUAUAUAUACAUUUUACUUCCUUAUUCUUGAAAUGACACGUUUGGGUUAUAUAGUUUGCUUUGUCUUUCAACGAGAUGGUGGGACACAAUGCUUGCACUGCUGCAGGCACCGUCUUAGGGACGUUUUCCUUUCUGUGACACAUACCUUACCUGUCAGCUGUUGACAAAAGGUGACGAGUCUGUGAUGAUGAUGAUGAUGACGACAAAAAGCUCUCAGGACAAAAUGGUCUUUCGAGUCUUUGUGCCACGACUAUUUCUUUAUCUCUGACACUUUACCUGCUGCUUUGGUUACAGUUCAGUGAUAACGUGGAGCUGGCGUUGACCAGGAAACGUUGUAAAAACGCAAAGUUUCAAACCUCAAUGCAGUGGAUUUCAAUUCAUUGUUAUUUCAAUGGGAGUUUUGUGAAGUAUAACAGAGAAAUGCAGCCAUAUUCAGGAGUUUUGCAACACGGUAAGCAGCUGUCUGAAGGCCAAAGCUGGGAAUAGGAACCUGGAAAAAAAACACCAAUAAUUUAUGUUUUCAUUAAAGUCAUAAUUUGUGGGAAUUCAUGAAUGCAUCUUACGUACUUUUUACUAUUUUGCUUGUAUUUUUUUGGUUUAAUCUCACAGAAAUACAAGAAAAAUAACACAAAGGUCUGAGUAAAGCUGAAAAUACACAAUAUCUGUUUAAAAGCCAAAGAACAAUGACUUUACUUCAUUUAAAUAAUGAACAAGGUGUUAUGCCUUUACUCAACUUUAUCAAUGUCUUCAUGUUUCAUCAUAAUUCCUAUUUUAUUUCCCUUUUAAAUUAUGUAGUAAUUUGUUUUGUUUUUUUAAUGCAGUUGUUAAUAUAUUUUAAAUGUAUAUAAUAAACUAUGGGGCUGUCAGAAGAAGACGGUCUGAGGUGCUCCAACAUCUUUAGAACCAGUUUGUCCAGAAGGAAGUCACAUGGUGCCGCACAGAUGGGUGUGUGUGUGUGUGUGUGGGAGGGAAGAGUUUGCAAACAGUUAUAAGAUAAGGUGUUAAUUUGUGUUUCUCUCGCAGACCAGGUCUCACAGCGUGCCUGCAAAGCACGGAAAAUACACAAGGACGAGGAUGAGCUGAGGUUUUUUUCAAUACAGAUUCUAUGUUUGCCAAGACAUGUGAAUAGACCACAUGGAGGCAGGGAGUCAUGGUCAGCUGUUGUCGGCUGAGCUGAACAUGCCGUUCUCGGACUCAGUCAAGUACAUCCUCCUUGGCACCUCCGUGGCUUUACUCCUUGUGGCUCUGGGCAUCUUGACGUGGCAGACCUUCAGAUACUGCAAGACGCGCAACACAUACACCCGGCAAGCUAGAGUCCACAGUGACGUGCUGUAUCUGGACGAGAAGCCAAGGACGGCAGAAAAUUACUCAGCUGCUCCAAGUUCUAAGGUGGAGGAAGUUAGCACUGAGGUCCUCAAGCUGAGUCGCUGUUUGCCUCAGGUCCCUAUUGCCUCCACAGACUCCAGCCACACAGGAGAGGUGGAGGAGCAGGGCAGCAUUAAGAAGGUGGAUGGAUCGCUGCGGUUCUCUGUCCACUAUGACCAGCCGCAGUCCCGUCUGGGGGUCACCAUUUUGCAGGUGAAGGGACUUCACUGCCAGACCGGUGGCAUCCAGCCCUUUGUUAAGGUGCGAGUCAUGUGGGCAGGAUCGCGACGAGUGAAAGUGGCAGACUGCAAGGAUGAGGAGGGUGAGGGGGCGUCGCCGGCUCUGUGGACAGUGUUGCAAGAGUGGCAGACUCGCAUCGUCAAAGGCAUCUGUAGUCCUUUAUUUGGAGAAAAGUUCAGCUGCGUCCUGGAACAGGAAAAAGACAUGCUUCAGUCCAUCAACCUCAGGAUGGAGGUGUGGGACUUUGACAAAUUCUCCAGAAACACAUUGUUGGGACAUGUGAGAGCUCCUCUAGGGCACCUCAACAUCUCCGACCCUCUGGAGCUGCACGAGGAUCUACAGAUUCCCCAGAAGGAUCUGGUUGGAGAGGUGCUGCUUUCACUGAAGUUUCUGCCCACAUCUCAGAGGCUGGAGGUCGGUCUGCUGAAGGUCAGAACAGUCCUCACUAACACAGGCUCUGACAGCGCCCUUUAUGCCAGGAUCAGUGUCCAGUGCAAUCAUUACAAGCUUGGCUACCAGAAGACCUCAGCAGUGUCCCGGGACCUGGUGACCAUCUUCAACGAGGUGCUCAUGUUCUCGCUGCCCGAGUUCCCCAUGGAGCAGUGUAAGAUUCUGGUUUCUGUGUACGAGACGCACACAAGCUGGAAGUCCACCAAACACUUGAUGGGACAGUUGACUGUGGGGAAGGAGAAGGGCUCAGAGGACAAGCACUGGACCUUGAUGAUGCGCUCAGUUCGCCAGCCAGUAGCAAAGUGGCACUCCCUUCUGAUCUGAGACACGCAGCACCAAAAACCCUCUCCUGAAAAAGCCCACCACUUUAUACCAAGCAAUAGAUUAUUUUUUGCAUCAUAUUUAUGUUUUUAUUGUGAACUAUACAUUGUUCCAUGUCAACAAAUGACACUUUUAUUGUGGAAAAGGUGUCACAAAUAUUGUUAUGGUGAAAUAAUUUUCAACUCAUAUCGCCCACCCCUACUGAACAGUUCCUUUUCCCCACAAAGUUGAACUUAUUUUCACUUGAUCGGCCCCCAACCAACCAGACUUGACGCUCAGUGUCCCCCCAGGUUAUUUGAGAUUGAGACCCCUGGUUUGAUUUCUAGCGAAAGUGUCAUUUAAAUUUAAGACAGUGACUGAAGCACCAUAGCUAAACACCCACAACUGUGGGCUACAGCUGAAGUAUAUAGUAUGUAUUAUAUUAUAUAUAUACUAUAUAUAUUUAUAUGGGCCUCUGUAAAACAAGCGCCUUGCCUGAAGUAAAUAUAAAAGACUUAAAGACUUAUACUAAAGCUAGAAACAUUUUAAAGCAAUUAUAUACAUAUAAAACAUACUUAUGUGUAGUAUAUUCAGCUUCUUUCCAACAAACCACUCUUAAUGACCCGGUAAUGUAGCAGAAAACCCUUAACUUAAGUUGUUUUCCCCACUUACUAAAAUGAAUUCUCUAUGCCCUUAAAAUAAAAAGGGUUUCGUGACACUUUGGAGCUUCCUUGUGGAUGCUAAACAUUAACACAUUCUUAUUUUAAAUAAGACACGCCCAUGUAAUCUACAUUUUCUUAACCAAGGCAAACAGAGAUGGCAGAUUUCGCCCCUUUCACGCAAGAAGCCUCUGCCGGCCUAUAUAAGUAAUAAACUCUGUGGCACAACAGUAGAGUGUCUGACUCCAGAUCAGAAUAUCGCUGUUCAAAUAAGUUCAUUCAAUGAUCAAGCAACAAUAGUAUUUAAAGUGCAAUAGGCAGAAAAAAAGAGUGCUGGGAAAGUGGUGAUGUCAUCAGUAAACCUCACCACUCCUCUCACCCAUAGAUAUAUAUAAAGUGUCAAUGUCUCGUCUGCGCUGCUGGCCAAUGGAGUUGAACGUCCGCACAGGGCGGCCAUCUUGCCACAGUCAGCUCGCUGACCCAUAACAUGUGUUGUCGUGGUACAUGGACUUUUUAAAUAACCAGAACUUGCUCAGGGUUUCUACCGAUUUGGUUUGUUAUAACCAUGGGCUUCAAAUAACAUUAAACAGAACAGAAAGGUGCAAUGAAUACACACACACACACACACACACACACACACACACAAGGUAUGUGAAGUCAAUAUAUGGGCUACUAAAACUCAGGAUACAGAAUGGCAUGAGAUGUAUGUAUACUUUUAUAAUAGGAAUAUUACUAAUAUAAUAAAAUAAUUUAUUUAAUAAUUAUUACUUAUUUAAACUAAUCAUGUAACGAUUCAAAUUAUUGGAUUACAUUGGUAAUAUUCCUAUUAAAGUCAUUUGAAUUAUUACAUGUUUAAUUUAAACAAGUAAUAAUUCAAAUUAUUG